AUGCCGCCGAAACGACCGAUUCGGAACGUGUUCGACGAUGACGAGGAGAAGCACGGCCCGGAUGGGACGCCGCCCAAGAAGGCGCGCGCUGAGGCCGGCACUGCUCGAGCAACGGCGAAUGGGGUUACUAGCAUCCAGGCGCAGGUGGCGGCGGCAAAGGCCAGAGCACAGGCACUGAUGGCUGCGAUGCAGAACAAGGGAUCACAACCACCGACGGCGCCAGCACCAGCAAGAGCACCAGCACCUCCGUCAGCACCAGCAGCAACAGCGGCAGCAGCGGCGACACGGCCUGCUUCUGGGAGCAUCCAGGCGCAGCUCGAAGCGGCACGCGCACGGGUCCAGGCACAAGUAGCCGCCCUCAACAGCAAGACCAAACCGCCCGCUGCAUCCACCCCUGCUCCACGCCCUGCCGAUGAUCGCAUCGCAGGCCCCUCUUCUGCUUCUUCCACUUCCACUGCGACUUCGUCUCGCGCACCGACGGGCAUCCACCCGUUGCUUCUGUCCAACGCGGUUCCAAAAGUCGACACGAUCCGCGGGAAGCCCGCAGUGCCUCCCGAGUCGAAUCCAUACCUGCAGGCUAGUCGGGCUGCGGCGGACGAGAGCGGCGAGGGACCCAGGGCGCGCUCGAUGCGACGCGGCUUCCACUUCCACAAACCGGGCCGCCACAUCGAAGAAGCCGAGGAGCUGCGUCACGAAGCACACGUGGCUGCACUCCAGCGCCGGCUCGAAGAAAGCGCGCGCCAACCGGACCACGAAGACAACCUGCGUCGUCCUGCUCCACCGGACAUCGAGUGGUGGGACUCCAACCUUCUCUCCACGGCGUCGUACGACGCAAUCCCCGACCUUUCCCCCACCUCACUGCUUACAGCCGAGGAGUCGCCGCUGCUGCUACAGGGUGCGGCGAGCGUGAUUACGGCGUACGUGCAGCAUCCGAUCCCGAUCCCGGCGCCGUCGGACUCGAUCGAGGUGCGCCAGCGCGGGCUGAUGCUCACCAAGAGCGAGGCGCGCAAGCUGCGCCGGCAACGCCGCGCGGCCGCACAGCAAGACACGCGCGACCGCAUCAAGAUGGGGCUGCUCCCGCCGGAGCCUGCGCGCGUGAAGCUGUCGAACCUCAUGCGCGUCCUCACGUCGGACGCGGUUGCGGACCCGACCAAGGUCGAGGCGCGCGUGCGCCGCGAGAUCGCCGCGCGCCAAGACGCACACGAGCGCCACAAUGCCGAGCGCAAACUCAACCCGCAACAGCGACGGGAAAAAGCAGAGCGUCGCAAAGAGGCCGAGGAGAAGAAGGGGCUGUUCUGCCAGGUGUACCGCGUCAAACACCUCGUUUCGCCCGCCCACAAGUUCAAGGUUCGCAGGAAUGCUCAGGACCACGCACUCACGGGCGUGACUGUUUUCCACCCCGACAUGGCAUUGGUCGUGGUGGAAGGGAGCGCAAAGGCGCUCAAGGCGUACAAGCGGCUGAUGACGGUAAGGAUCGAUUGGACCGAGCCUGGCGAAGCCAAACCGAAACCCGACACUGGUGACGCCGAGGGCGAGGAAAAGGUGGGUGCAUGGACGCUGCUCACCACCUCCACCGAGGCGGUCGAUUGGAGCAGCAACGCCUGCGACCUUGUCUUCGAGGGUCCUAUCCGCGACCGAUCUUUUGCGGGCCGACCGUUCCGAGCCGUUUGGGCCACCACGGACGCCGACGCGCGCACCGCGCUCGGCUCAAUGCAGGGCUACUGGGACGUCGCCAAACGCUCCACCACCGACGACUCGUCGAGCUUAUGA